AUGGAUCUUCAACGCGUUCUCGCGAACUUCUCUGUGUCCCUCUAUAACAAUGCGAUGACUCAAUGCUCCUCGUGCUGUCUGUCUCCGUAUGCGGUGCUAUUCGAACUGUUCAUCAUUCAUUACGCAUGUGAUAAGAUCGCAGCUGCUCAACUGAGGAAAGUGCUGUUUCCUGGUGCUCGACUUUAUGGAAACUUCCGUCACUUCUCCUCGGCACUUUAUGGCAUACCCAACACUGAAGAAGGUGAUGGUCUGUCGUUCAACUCGCUGGUACUCUUGGACAAAACCUACAAUUUCGCUUCUCGGUUUAAAAGAUUUAUCCGCGUGAAGACGGUCAGAACAAGUAUUGAAAUCGUUGACUUCGCAGAUCUGGCUUCUGUGUCCUCGGUUGUAAACAAGAAAGUCAAAGAUGAAUCAGCAAAUCAUCUUAACGGCGUCAUGGACGAAACGAAACUUCGCACAUUUUACAAACUCCUGCUGAAUAAUGCUGCCUAUUUUGACGGCCCGUCGGCGGAAUUUUUUUCUUCCAGCUUUACAAAGGAGGAAAAAUUUUAUAUGGACGAUUCUGACCGUUCAGUUACCGUGCAAAUGAUGCACAAAAUAUUUCUUUUGCCCUACCAGGAAACACGCGAAGUGCAAAUCGUCGCUUUUCCAUUUCGGCCAAGUGUCGCAAUAUACAUUGUCUUGCCGUGGUUCAAUCACACUUUGAAACAAAUCGAAACGAGUCUAACGAGCAAGAAAUUGUCUAACUGGUUAACCAGUCAGUACGACUACAAAGUCGAUGUUCGCAUUCCAAAAUUUACGCUUCAGUCAACUUUGAAAUUGAAGGACGCCCUACGAAACAUGGGAGUACGUGAUAUAUUUGACAGAUAUGGAUCGCUUCCAGGCAUAUCCGACAACUCUAUGGGUCUGUCAGUGUCUGAAAUUUUUCAUGAAGCUGUGAUGCAGGUAGACUUGAAUGGAAAAGUAUCGGUCAAUCAGCAUAAUAAUUAA